UCUUGCAGCUUGAACAGGAUUACCAGAGUCGAUAGCCCGGGCUUCCCUGGUUGUUUCGGCAAGGAAUAUCGGAGUUAAGGAAAAGCAAGGCCAAUACAUUGAGGAAAAGAUACUGUGGGUUUGCUAGACCGAUGCUUAUCCAGAUCCCACUCAACGCUUGCAGCCUCUCCCAGCCAGGUGAUGACAACUGGCCAGCCUACGGUACCGACGAAAACAAGGAAUACAGAUUCAGGCCCAUCAAAGGAAAGACCUUGAGAUUCCAGGUCAAAGCCGCCCACGAUGCCCACGUUGCCCUUACAUCUGGGGCUGAGGAGACUGACCCAAUAGUGGAGGUUUUCAUCGGAGGAUGGGAAGGUGCCGCCUCAGCUGUUCGCUUCAAGAAAGCUGACGACCUGGUGAAAGUGGACACACCCGACAUCUUGAGCGAAGAGGAGUAUAGAGAGUUCUGGAUCGCCUUCGAUCACGAUGAGAUCCGAGUGGGCAAGGGGGGAGAGUGGGAGCCCUUCAUGAUGUGCCCCAUUCCAGAACCUUUCGGAAUCACCCACUACGGUUACUCCACUGGGUGGGGCGCCAUCGGCUGGUGGCAGUUCCACAACGAACGCAAAUUCCAAAGUGACGACAGCUUGACCUAUAACUUCGAGCCUUCCUACGGCGACACCUUCCACUUCAGCGUCGCCUGCAGCAAUGACGCCCACUUAGCCUUAACGUCAGGCCCUGAGGAAACCACGCCCAUGUACGAGAUCUUCAUCGGUGGCUGGGAAAACCAGAAGUCUGCCAUUCGGCUUAGUAAAGGUGAAGACAUGAUUAAGGUCGACACCCCUGACGCACUGUGUUGCGAUGAGGAACGCAAGUUCUACGUCACCUUCAGGAACGGACACAUAAGGGUUGGCUACCAGGACUCUGAUCCAUUCAUGGAAUGGACUGACCCUGAGCCAUGGAAGGUAACUCACGUUGGCUUCUGCACAGGUUGGGGUGCCAACGGCAAGUGGCAGUUCGAGAUCUAAGUUUGAACUCUGUACUACCCUGCUUCCAUCAGCCUUAAGCUUCUAGCUUUAUUCUCCUAAGUAACUGAAAUAUUUUUAUACUCGUGUUGAUCAUAGCCUAGAAGCACCACCACUUUUAAGUUUUCAGUCGAGCUUGGUGACCACGAGGAGGAAUGGUUACUGUCAAAGUUUCAAGUGUAGAAUUAAGAAUAGAGAAUCACAAGAUCAUAGAAGUGUCUUCAUUCCUCCAUUGUGGGUUUGUUUUUAAGUGCGUGUCUGUGAGCCAUCGCCACGCGAAGUCAUUGUCAGAUUCAACAUCUGUACUGUCAUUUUCUUCCUAGAGCCCCACUACAUGUCCUUUGUUGGUUGGCGUUUGGAGGUUUCUCCGUUAAUGUUUUGGAACCCACUUGUUCGUUAGGACGUAUAAUAAACCAUCGUAAAGAGACUUCAGCUUUGCUUAUUUGAUGCAAUUUAGAAAUUUGUUGACCAACUAAUUGUGAAUAUUUUAAUGUCAGUGUAUCUUCUAGUAUAUCGUCUUUGGUGCUAGAUUGCUGUUUACAAAUUUAAGUUUUGGACUGUGACUAUACUUUAACUUGAAAUACUUUCACACUUGUUUAGCGUCUUGCCAAGUCAAUGGGGGUAAAUUAAUCCUGCAUUAUUAGGAAGUGGUAUGCGACUAGCAUCAGCCUCAGAGGUAUGAAGUUUGCAAAUGUCUGGAAACCAAAUAAAAUUCGAGAGCU